AUACCAUGGACGAAACGAAUCCUUUCUCACAAUAUCUGCACUCGCAUUUGCCUUGAGAGACAAAAACAAAGGACAAAUCAUGGCCUCAUUAGACUCUCCGAACUCACCUCCGAACCCAUCUUUUGCAAUAAGAGAAACCGCAGCCCACAAGUUCCUGAGAAGCAUCUCCAUAGGAGAAGCACCCUCAUUCUCACAUUUUCCUUGUAGCCCAUCACCUCGCCUAAGCACUAAUUCAAACAUCCACACCUCUCCAAUAUUCUCCUCUCCUCCUCGUCAAGGCUCUUGCACUCCUGUUGAUAACCUUGUCACCACCUCUGAAAGCACUAAUUAUACUUAUAGGUGCCUAUCUUCAGUCCUCAAAAGAGAUGGCCAGAUAUUAUCUAUAGCAAUGUCAAAUAGCCUUAUCUAUUCUGGUUCUUCAACCAACAUCAUUCGGCUAUGGAAACUACCUGAGUUCAGUGAGUGUGGUCAACUUAAGACUAAGGCCCGCAUGGUUGUUGCGUUGCAAGUCUCACAUGAUAGGGUUUAUGCUGCCUAUGCCGAUGGCAAGAUCCGAAUUUGGAGGAGAACAUGGGAUGGAGCUUUCAAACACAUCCGGUUGGCAACGAUUCCUAGCUCCGGCGGAUAUGUCCGAAGCCUUAUUGCCCGGAAAGAUAAGAUGGUAAUUUUAACUGAUUUCCUUUAG